GAACAGUUUAUAAAAUGCCGUAUAUUUGACAGGUGUGCAAAAACUAAACAGCUGACAGACGCCACUACAGCAAAAGUUUUAGUUGAUAAAUUCAUUUUAGCGCGUUUAAUAUUACUUUUGAAACGAAAUAAUUAUUUAAUUUCGAAAUGGAUUACGAUUUUAAGAUGAAAACGCAAAUGGAACGAACAAAAGUGGAAGAUCUCUUCAAUUACGAAGGCUGUAAAGUGGGACGUGGUACAUAUGGUCAUGUCUACAAAGCGAAAUGGAAGGAGCGUACUGACGGCAAGGAAUAUGCACUGAAACAGAUAGAUGGUACUGGUUUAUCCAUGUCUGCUUGUCGUGAAAUCGCACUUCUACGUGAACUCAAACAUCAAAAUGUAAUCACAUUGAUUCGGGUUUUCCUUUCUCACAAUGACCGUAAAGUAUUUCUUCUAAUCGAUUAUGCAGAGCAUGAUUUAUGGCACAUUAUUAAGUUUCAUCGUGCUGCAAAAGCUGCCAAGAAGCAAGUAAUUGUACCGAGAGGAAUGGUGAAAAGUUUACUGUAUCAAAUUUUAGAUGGAAUACACUAUUUGCACAGCAACUGGGUUUUGCAUCGAGAUUUAAAACCGGCGAACAUUUUAGUAAUGGGUGAUGGCAAUGAAAGAGGACGCGUAAAAAUUGCUGAUAUGGGAUUCGCUCGUUUGUUUAACGCUCCACUUAAGCCGUUAGCAGAUUUAGAUCCAGUAGUUGUGACAUUUUGGUAUCGAGCACCUGAAUUGCUUUUAGGUGCACGCCAUUAUACAAAGGCAAUUGAUAUUUGGGCUAUUGGUUGUAUUUUCGCUGAAUUGCUUACUUCCGAGCCAAUUUUUCAUUGUAGACAAGAAGAUAUUAAAACUAGUAAUCCAUAUCAUCAUGAUCAACUAGAUCGUAUUUUCAAUGUAAUGGGAUUCCCUCAAGACAAAGAUUGGGAGGACAUCAAAAAAAUGCCAGAACAUCAUACGCUUAUAAAAGAUUUUAAACGUUCUACUUAUUCCACCUGCUCUUUAGCUAAAUAUAUGGAACGACACAAAAUAAAACCAGAUAGCAAAGCAUUCCAUCUUUUACAGAAACUUUUACUUAUGGAUCCUAAUAAGCGUAUCACUUCAGAACAAGCUAUGCAAGAUCCAUACUUCCAAGAAGAUCCACUGCCAACGCAAGAUGUAUUUGCAGGUACACCAAUUCCUUAUCCGAAGAGAGAAUUUUUAACAGAUGAUGACCAAGAAGAUAAAGCAGACAACAAAAGGCAACAACAACAGCAGCAGCAACAGCAACAACAAGAACCGAAUGCUAAAAGAGUGCGUUUAUCAGGACCACCCGGUCCUGGUCAACAGCAACAGCAAGUACAACAGACACAAGACUUUCACCAUCAACAACAACAGCAACAACAAAUGAUGUUCAAUCAACAACAAAAUUUUCAGCAACGUUUUUAAUUAUUAGAUGUAGGGCAGAAAGUUUGAAACUCUUUCAAUACAAUUCAUUUCAAUAUACAAUUUGCUAUAGAUCUCUUAUAACUCGAUUGACGAGUAAAAAGUUGAUAAUUUUCAAUGGAAUAAAACACAUAUUUUUAAAACUAA